ACUAUAUAUCAAGGGAUAUUCUGGAUUCAGAUUUCCAGAUUGGGACCUCCCUAAUCUAGUUCUGAUUGCUUUGAUCAACUGCAGUGGAUGUGAUACUUUACCUACCUUUGGGAAGCUUCCGUUUCUCAAAACACUUUAUCUACAAGGGAUGGAUGGAGUUACACAUAUCGGUGAAGAAUUUUAUGGCGGCAAACCCCUCAAAUUCCCAUCCCUGGAAGACCUAACAAUCAAGGACCUUCCCUGCUUAAAAGAAUGGUCUUGCAUAGAGAACGAAGCAGCAGUAUUUCCUCGCCUGCAAAAGUUAGUUGUGGAUAAAUGUCCUAAUCUUAUCUCUGCUCCAACAUUUCAAUCUCUUCUUUAUUUGGAGCUCCGUGAUUGCCAUCCAAAGAUCUUGGAGUCUGUGGAUAACAUGUCUUCACUCUCCAAUGUUGUGAUUGAUGCGCUUCAAGGUCUAGUGCACCUUUCAGGGAAAUUGCUGGAGAACAACAAAUCACUGGAGACUGUGGAAAUACUUUCGUGCAAAAAUUUCAUUUCUCUUCCUCAAGAGAUAGAGCAUCUCACUUAUCUGAAGUCACUGACCAUUAGCAACUGUGAAAAACUAACCCAUUUGCCAACAGGAAUCCGAAAGCUGCAAGCUUUGGAGUUCCUUGAGAUCAAUGGGUGCCACAGCUUAGAGUCAUUGCCAUCAGAAGAAUUUGCUGGUUUCAACUCCCUAAAGAGCUUGUCAAUUGAGAAUUGCGGCAACCUGAUUUAUCUUUCAAGUGGGUUCCUACAUCUCACAGUCUUAGAACAGCUCUCCAUCAUGAGUUGCCCUCGGUUAACUUUAUCUAGAGGUAGUUUCCAGAAUCUCUCGUCUCUACGGAGCUUGAGUAUUAUAUCCUGCCCUGAAUUAUACCCAUUGCCAGCUAGCCUUCAACACGUCACUACGUUGCAAAGUCUGGUAAUCCAUAGCAGUCCUUAUCUCACAGAUCUUCCUGACUGGCUUGCUAAACUUUCCUCUCUUAGAUCCCUUGCAAUUUCAAAUUGCGAACAUUUGAUAUCAUUGCCAGAAGGAAUGAAGUACCUCAAUGCUCUUCAGCAUUUGUCGAUUCAAGACUGUCCUCAUCUUGAAAGGCUUUGCAAGAAGAAAGGUAUGGAAUGGCGAAAAAUAGCUCAUAUUCCACACAUAUAUGUUGGUUCACUUAAAUUUGGAAGAUGACUUUGGCUCCAACUGAAAUCUGAAAGAAGAAAACAUCUCUUUUCCAUCCGCAUUGAGAUAGCAGACAUUCUCAACAAUCGAUGAAGUUACCGGUUAUUCUGAAGUUCAACAGCAGGAUACAAGAUCAAAUAUUUCUAGUGAGAUCUAGAGGAAGAUUUCAGAGUAUAAUUUUAUAUGUACUCCUGAUGGAAAUCAAGUGACUGAUGAAUCAGAGGAUCGGAAAGAAGGAAAAGUCGAAGUUAUAUAUUGUAUACAAGUGAAUUGUUCGUUUUCUUUUUGCAUGAAAAUAACUCUAGAACAAUAAUUACACUUUGAUAUCUAGCUAGUUGUAUAUGUCAUAUAUAUUCAGGUUUUCCAUUAACCAACUUCCCUUUUCUGCUGGAUCUAAUAUAAGCAAUUUGAGGUUAAUAUACA